GCGCUGGGGUGCGGGUAUGGUGUGUGCGGUGUGUUGGGUGUGCCCAUAGCCUGCACAGGCGUCAUCAUAUGACCGCAACGGUAGUUAUGCGGUAAUGCAGGAUCUUGGUAAAUUACUCAAUUAUGGUUAUGAUGCCAGUAAUGUCGGCAAUACCUGCGGCGAAGCAGUUACAUUGUCAGUGGACAACCUCGUUGUCGGUAUGGCGGAGUUGCGCUUAACUAGCUUAACUGUUUCCUCGUUCGUGACAAGGGUGUAGUCGCGGUUGAGUUGGCUGAGUGUCUGAUAUGUGAACGUUACCUUCCCUCAUGAAGAUGAGGCAAUGUGAGGAACACGCCCAAACAAAAAUGCCGAAACGCUUCUGCUGCACCGUUGCUAGUUGCCUGUCUCGGGAAGGACAUCCCAAGCCAUUCUCGUCUCGGAAACUUCUCACCCAGCACUACAUCAAGGUUCACGCCGAGAAAAAAUAUGCCUGCUCCAAGUGCGGGAAGAAAUUCGGUGCAGAAUGGUUGUCCAAGCACCACGAGUCCACUUGUGGGACAUCCUGGCAUUGCCAAUGUGGGGCGACUUACCAGAACAGAGAGGCAUUGCUGACCCAUGCCAGGCGACACAAGCACUCCUUACCCUUUGAGCUGAAACGUGGUGACGUCUGCAGGAGGAAGCAGGCUUCAAGCCAGGCAGCACAGCACAUCAUUGUGCCAGUGGGAGCCCAAGUGAUCAUUGUGAUCCAGGAUCAAAAGACCAGCAGUGGUCAGAAGGGUCAAGACAUUCCUGUCCAUGGUGCAAACAGGACCACAGGCCAGUGGCGCAACAUAGUACCAAAGGCGAGCAGCGUCCCUAUUGUAAUGCCAGUUCCAAGUGUGCCACCUCUACCUUCAGCCAUGGCAGGUGCAAGUCUGUCUAGUGGAAACACUAUAUGUGAAGGGAAGGUCCACCAGGCCUCUCAGACCAAUGUAUCCUGCAAGAGCAAACGUACGAAAGAUUCUUCCAUUCAAGCAUCUACUACAACAAGCUGCAUGCGGGAUGCCUCGGAACUUGUAGACCUUCCACCAAGUGUGUCGAAGACACAGAGCCAUGAAGACGGCAGUUCAGACGCAGACAUCUGUUCGACGUGCAGUGCAAGGGGAACCAACCUAAUUUGUCCCGGUGGCAGCUGUCAUAAGAAGGCAUCUCAUGGGUGCAGCAUUGAAACACAGACCAUAGAGAGUGCAGUGUGCAAAGCCAAGAAGACGCGAGCCAGGCGCACCCCUUCCAAGCAGCCACCUACUCGACAAAGAGAUUUCUGCCAAUGAGUUGUGGAGUGACCUGGACAACCUUCUAUUUCAUAGCUCUCCUAUGCCAUCUAGGGAGUGGAUAGAGCUUUUUUCGAGGAGCUCCUCAGCUACGCAAACACUCGAACCAGAUGACUUGUUUAAAGAUUUGGACAAUUCAUUCAGGCCUGUAUCUGCUCAGCCAGCAGACCCCAUGUUUGCAAAAACCCUGCAGGAACCAAGGGGGUGCUUUGUUGAGCAAACUAAUAGGCCCAUUACUCUAGAGCAGGACUUGGAUGUCAUUUGCAGAAAGUCGCCCACUUUGCCCCUGCUAACCCCCAGUCAUGGAUCACAAGCAGAUGGUAGCUUGGAGGACGCCCUUGAUCAUGUCAAUCACAUCCUAUCAUCCGAGACACAGACAGACAGUCUACUUGAUAGUCUGCUCAUGACCAGUGUUCAGCAGAGUGCAGCACAAACAGACUUCCCCUUGUUUUCUCAUAACGAGACCCAGACAAUUGAAGAUGCACCAUUUGAAUGCACUGACAUGUUCCACACUGAGACCCAAACCUCAGGCUUCCUAUUUUGUGACUUCGAGUGUGUUGACAUUGAGACACAGACGCCAUGGGAUCACUUCGAUUUCAGUCUCGAUGACUUGGGAACAGAGACCACAUUCACAAAGAAAAGGGAUGCAGAAUCUCAAAUUGAGCACUGCCAGUUGGAUUUAUUUUGGUCAGCCUCCAAGGUGGCUAGUGGAGGCAGCCUCAGGGACUGCAGUAAUAUGGAGACUCAAACAUGUGAACUUUUUUGGUAAUUCCCAGUUAUGUUAUUUUUGUUGU